GAGUGACUAAUUUCGCGCGCGUUUAAGACGGAGCUUGCAAAAUAAAAAAAGUAAAAAUUAGUAGUGCCAAGCGCCGUCGGCAAAAAACGCUCGGAAAUUGCGCGUGCGGGUGGAACAGUGACACUCGUGUGAAAAUCAACGCCAAGAAAAAGGCAAAUAAAGAGCGGAAGGCGAAAAGGAAAAACGCCCGCGGCGAAAAUUUUCCCCUCUGCAAAUUUUGUGUUAGUGAAGUGUGCAAAAAAAAAAAUUAGGAAGAAAUUAAAUAUCCUGAGCAAAAAAAUCGAGAAAUUGAGAAAGAAACGUGUGCGUAUUGAGUGCUAGUGUGUGUGUGGGCUGCAAAAAAAAAGUCAAUCUGCAUUAAUCAACAGCUAACAGAUCUUAACGCAUGUUACGCACAAUAAUCUCCAUUAGCAUCUAACGGGCUUUGAACAUGAACAAAAAUGCCGGCGAUGGCAGCGGCAACGACGGCAAAAACUCCAACAGUCACGGCGGGAAGGGCGGCGGCGGAAACGCGGGCGGGGCCGGUGGUGCCGGAGGCCCGCACGAUCCCACCGGCCUCCUAGAUGCAGCCUCCCUCUUCGCUUACUGGGGCCGUGAUCCCACUGGAGCGGCGGCUGCCGCUGCCUCCAAUCCACUCUUCAAUUCCCAGUUCAAUGCCGCGGCAGCCGCAGGCUUGGGUCUGCUGCCGAAUGCAGCCGGCGCCGCGGCCAACGAUCGCUAUUCCAUGGCCGCAGCAGCGGCGGCGGCGGCGGGAGCGCAUCAUCACCAGAACACGAUGGCGGUGGCCGCCUCCCAGGCCGCCAGUUUGGCAGGUCUGCAUCCAGCAAGCUGGUGGUCGAUGGCUCAAUUGGCCGCCCAGGACUACUUCAGUCGCCUGCAGGCGUCGGGACUCUCGCCAUUCCCCCAUCCCGAUCUGGCGGCCGCAUUCGGGCCGGGUGGCAUGGGCAUGGGAGCGGGAGCCGGCGGAGCAAGCGGUGGAGCCGGAGGUGGCGUCCUAGGUGCUGGAUCUAGCGGCGGAGGAGGAGGUGGAGGUGGCAAUGGUGGCUCCUCGUCAGGAUCCUCUGGCAGCAAGUCGAACAAGUCCCGGAAGGAGAAACGGGCCGCCCAGCAGCAGCAGCAACAGCAGCAGAGCCUGGCCAACAGCCUGAAUGCGGCUGCGGCGGCGGCUGCAGCAGCAGCGGCCAACAACCCGGCAGCGGCACUGGCCAGCAUGCACGGAUUCGGAGUGGGCGGUAUGCCGGGCACCAGCCUACCGCAGUCGGUGAGCACGGGCAGCGGAUCCAUCUCCACUAACAGCGGAGGUCAUGGAGGCUACAAGAACACGGCCAGCGCGUAUGGGAAGCCAUCGACGAUGACUAGCAGCAGCAUUUCCAGCAACCCGGGCUCAGCCUACGACCCAGUGACCCUCCACAAGGAGCUCCUGGCCAUGCAGGCGGUGGCCGCUGCGGCCUCUGGCUCGGGUUCGGGCGGAUCCUCCGGCAAGAAGUCUGGCGGAGGCAGCUCGUCCUCCUCCACGAUGCAUGGUCAUGGUAUGGGACUAGGAAGUGGCUCGGGGAUGAUGUCUGGAGGCAAGAACUCCACCAGUGUGAGCGCCAGCAACGCCUCGCUGGCAGGAAUGCAUCCCAGCCUAGCGAGCAGCAAUCCACUGAUGUCACCGCACUCGGCACUGGGCAACUCGUCCGGUGGCUCGUCCGGUAAGGAUCGGGACAAAAACAAUCCCUCGCUGAACGCUCUCAACUCACUGACCCAGUUUGGGGCUUUGGGGAUGACGCCGCAACAGAGCAUGCAGGCGGCGAUGAAUGCCUUUGCGGCCAGCACUGGAGUCUCGCCCUCGGCCACGGUCACCUCCUCGGCACAUCCCUCUGGUCAGCAGCAGCAUGGCGGAAGCAAUUCCACGGCCGGAUCAGGAGGAAAGAACAGCGCCAAGGACUAUAUGAUGGGGACUGGCAGUGAACACCCAUCCCUGCUAGGAGUUCGCCUGCCACCGGACACGGAGAUCAUCAAGUACACGUCCUCGAUUGUGGGACCCAAGAUACCUGGUACUACCUCGCGCGGUCGCAAAAAGACUAUAUCCGAAACUGAACAGACAUCGACACAACAACAACAACAACAGAAAUCACAACAACAACAACAACAACACCAAGCAGAACAACACCUACUCCAACAACAACAACAAGCACAAAAAGAGCUCGAUAGCACCACAAAUGCCAUUUCCUCUCUGCUUGCAUUUCCAGGUCUGAGUCCCGCGAAGCGGGCUAGACUCGAAAUGGAGUACGCGGCGAUGGCGGCGGCCGCCCAACAACAGCACCAGCAGCAGCAGCAGCUCCACGGUAUGCUGGGCGCAGCCGGUAUCCCCGGCAUGGCUGGAUUGGCCGGCUUGCCGGGGGUGGGAGGCGGUGCUGGAUCAGGAUCAGGAGCUGGAGCCAAUCCCCUCGAUCAGUUGAGCGUUAGCAAGUCCAGUUCCUCCACGGCAGCCACUACCAGUUCGAGUUCCUCAUCCUCGGCCAGCAAUCUGCUCAACCAGAGCUCCAGUGAUCGGGUGGAGGUCAUCAAGUUGCCGCCCACCAUCACCUCCAACGGGGCCUACAAUCUCUCCAGCAAGGGCAAGGAGGUGCACGACCUGACCACCGAUCAUGCGCCCGCCUCCGGUGGCGUCAAUCUCAGCCUGAAGGCCAACGCCAACGCCGCACCGCCCGCCGGAGCAGUCGGCUCGGCCUCGAAUCCCAUUACCAUUGACGACUUUGACGCCCCUCUGAACCUAUCGAUGAAGCCCUCGGACAAGAGCAGCACUCCCGCUGCUUCCGGCGGAGGAUCAGCGUCCUCCUCCAGUGCGGCACUGGUCAACUUGGCCAGCGACUACCAGGCGGCUGCUGGAGGCCAGGGGAAUAGCCUGCAGAGCUUGAGCUCCAUCACCGCCGCCCUGGGAGGGGCUGGUGGCAUGCCAGGUGGCUCUAUCUCCGGCAGUGGCGGCACCUCGCCCUCGCCAGCAUCGGCGGGCACCGGGGCAGGUGCUUCUGCCGGAUCUGGGUCAGCUUCGGGCGGAGGUUCCUCCUCCUACAAGGAGGGCCGUCCCAGGAAUCUGGGACGCGGCGUGUCCAAGCCGAAGAAGAACACCGUGGCCUCGCUGUUGGCCCAAUCUCGGGCCGUUGGUCUGAAGCCCAUGCUGGCCACCCAGCAGUUGCUGCAACAGGGUGCCGAUAUUGAAAAAAUUCGCUUGGCGUUGAGCGAAGCCAAUGCCCACAUGGAGACAUCUACGGAUUCGGAGAGCGUGGCGGCCGAGAGCGGCCUGUCGGAGUCGGAGAGCGAGGAUGCCAAUAUUCUGAAUGUGGCCGAGCUGAGGGUGCCACUGGAGCUGGGAUGGAAGCGUGAAACCGUCAUCCGGGGCUUGACCAAGCAGGGCCAGAUCCGGGGCGAGGUCACCUACUACGCGCCUGGCAGCACGACGGCCCUGAAGAGCAUCGGCCAGGUUUUUGCUAUCCUGGAACAGCAGCCAUCGAAUCUGAGUCGCGAGAACUUCAGCUUCUCGGCCAGGGCCAUUGUGGGAUCGUUCCUGCAGCCGGCACCACCGCCAUACGCCAACGAUGGCGAGUACAUUCGCAUGACGGACGAGGAUGUGGCCAAGCGGCUGGAGGACCUCAAGGUCUUCACCCGCCAGACCCUCAAUGUGGAGCAGCGUAUUGAGAUCGCCAAGCAGCAGCAGGCGAUGCGGGAUGCCAAGAAGCUCCAAAAGGAGGAGCUGGCCAAGAACAAGGAGAAGGCGCGCCAAGAGAAGAACGCCAAGCUGGAGCAGCAGCGCAAGGAGAAGGAGCUCAAGAACCAGCAGGCCAUCGAGGAGAGGAAGAAGCGCCAGGAGGAACUGGAUCGUCUCAAGCAGGAGGAGCUGCUCAAGAAGCAACAGGAGAAAGAGAAGCGUCGUCAAGAGGCCAUAUUAGCUAAGGAACAGGAAUUACAAAAACAAAAGGAAAUGCUACUGGCUGCCGAAAUGGAACGUGAGCGUCGCCGCCAGCACAUGAACCUAAUCCGCAUGCUGGAAAUCCGUCGCAAGUUCGAGGAACGCGAAAAGAAGAAACACCAACUGGUGCUGGACCGUCUCUUGUUGCGAGAACGCCGCAUGGCGGAGAGGAAGCGCGAUGCCGAGAUCCUGCAGUUGAUCCGACGACCCAACGAAGACUCGGAACUGCCGCAGGAGUUGGCCAUCCCGGAACUGGACAGAAUCGCCGGCAAUCGCUUGCCCGGACAGGCCAUGGCCGAUCUGCUGAUGGUCUUUGAAUUCCUGCACAACUUCGGGGAGACUCUGGGCUUCGACAUGGAGUCGCUGCCCUCGCUACAGAAUCUCCACGAUGCUCUGAUGAGCGACAGCAAUGUGGAUGCCGAGGAGGAGCUCUUGUCGGUGAUGACACACCUGCUGGUGUGCGCCAUCGAGGAUCCGGGCGUGCCGAAUCCGGGCAGGCACACCACUCUGCUGGGACAAUCGCUGCGCAACGCAGACAUCACCAACUCGAAUGUGUCGGAGAUCCUGAGGAUCUACCUGUAUGCCACCGCCACCGGUGAGGUGAGGCAGAUGCAUGGCAUAACCGUGGACCGGGAACGGGAGCGAAGGGUGCCGGACCACCAUCAGCUGGAUGCCGAUGCCGCCCACUCGCACUCGGCCAAGAACCAUGAGUACUACAAGCUCCUCCACGAGAACGACACCUGGAAACUGUCACAAUUUUUGAAGGAUCGGCCGUUCGUGGCCCUGAACCCCACCCGGAAGGCCCAGAUGCUGGCCCACCUCUGCAACGACUUGCUGAUGAACAAGGCGGUGCUCCGGCAGAUCGACGGCAGUUUGGAGACCUGCGCCCAGAUGCGCAAGGAGAAGUACAUGACGGACAUGAAGGUGCGCAAGUACAAGGCCCUCCACCUGCGCAAGGCGCGCAUCGAGGCCUACGAGCGGGCCCAGGCGGAGCGCGAGGCGGCCAUGCAGGCGCUGGUGGCGCAGCAGAAGCUGGACGCCGAGCGCCAGAAGCAGGCGGAGGAGGAGGCCAAGGCGGCGGCUGCCGAGGGAGCAGCUGCUGCAGCCACGGAUGGCGAGACUGCCACCAAGAACGCCUCUCCCAAUGGCGAGAAAACGGAUGGGGAAGACCAGGACGAGCAGCAUGCCGCCACCAAGGAGUCGCAGCCGCAGCAGCCCAUGGAGGUGGACGGCGUGGCGGAUGAGGAGUCGCUGGUCAGCCCGGCCAAGAGCAUCUCCCAGGUGGACAACAGCCUGACGCCCAUCAAGCAGGACAAUGCCACGCCCACCUACCAGCAUAAUGGCUCGAGUACUCCGACCACGAGCGGCGGAGCUUCUGGCGACAUGAACGCCCUGUUGCAGGCCAAGAAGAGCGGCGCCCGCAACUCCAUCAACGACGAGCAGCAUCCUGGCCACGACGUGAGCAUCAUCGAUGACGAUCUCUCUGACCUGGACUCGGAGAUCACGAACGUGGAGGAGGACGAGGACAAUCGCCUGAGUGCAGACGAGCUGCAGAAGAAGCUGGACAAGAUCGUGCGGGCCUCGCUCAACUGCAAGGAGGCGCUGGAGAAGAGCACCAACCAGCUGAGGGCCGCCUGCUUCGGGCAGGAUCGCUUCUGGCGGCGCUACUGGAAGCUGCCCAAGGCCGGGGGCAUCUUCAUUGAGGCCCUGGAGUCGGCCCAGAAUGAUAUCUGCGAGUACCACGAGGCCCUGGAGGGCAUGGACGAGAAGAAGGAAGAGACCAAGGAGACCGAUCACUCGGAGAACUCGGAAACGGAGGCCAAGGACGAUGAGGCCAUGGAAGUGGACACCUCACGGUCGGAGCUCGAGGACGGGCCUCCGGCUCAGCUGCCAGAUCCCUCAGCCGAACCAAACCGGGAGCAGGAGCCGGAAGAGGAGGACGACGACGAUGACGUCACAGAGAUUAACAAAGUAGAGCCCGAGAUCGUGGAUCUGGGCGAUGACGACGACGAUGCACCGCCUCCGCCGCCACCCGUCAAGCCCGAUCCGCCACGCCCGGAGAUCAAGGUCAAGUCUGAGAUGGAGCUGAUGGGCCCGCCGCCCACCACCAUGAUCUCCACCAAGACGGACUUUGAGGCCGAGAUCAAGAUACCCGCCAUGCCCGGCAUCCUGAUGCCCCCCAUCCUCAACAACAACAACAACAGCAGCAACAACAACAACAACGGAAGCGACAACUGUGAUAAGUCGGACGCGGGUCUGAUCCAGCAGCAGAACUUCGGCCAGCCGGUCAUCAAGAUGGAGGACCUGAAGAAGGAGGACGACUGCAUCAUAGUGUCCACCACGAGCGUGGACGAUACACCCAAGUGGUUCUCGAUAGUGCGACGGGAGGUGCCGCUGAUCAGCGAGCUGCCGGCGGAGGAGGGCGGCGUGGUGGCCCAGGAGCUGCAGUACAACUACGCCAACCACAACUGCUCCGCCCAGCUGCAGCUGCAGGGCCAUCCCUGGGAUCUGAUCAACAACAUGCAGUACUACUCGAUCCCGAUGGACGAGUGCAAGGUGGACACCAGCAAGCUGGGCCACGAGUGCAUCUUCUCGCUGAGCGGUCUCGACGAGAAGCAGAUGCUGGCUAAGGUGGCCGAGUUCAAGGCCCACAAGGCGGAGUCAAAAAACGGUCUGGGCUCUCCUCAUCGCCACCACGAGACUGAAGAUGAUGAUGAGGAGCAGGCCAAGCUGAAAGUGGACAAGAUGGAGUGCGAUGGCGGUGACCGCGACCUGGACACGGAUGCCAAUGAUCUUGCCGGCAAGGACAAGUUUUUUCGCUUGCGCUCUGACGCCCCCCCGGACACGGGAGGAGGGAGCGCCGGAGGAGCGGAUGCCGGCGAGCUGAAGCCCAAGAUUGAGCUGCGCCUGGACGAGGCGCUGUCGCAGGCCUACUACCACAACAUAGCCAACAUGUCGCUGAGCAGCGUCCAGACGUACAUACCCAUUGACAUUCCACUGCCCCUCUCCAUGACCCCCGACGAGCACCGUCUGCUGGAGCAGGUCAAGGUGUCGGGAUUCCCCAAGCGAGUCCACGGCGUCUAUGUGCCGCGCAAGCAGCGCUACGGCUGGUGGCAGCUGGACGACGAACAGAAGCUCCGCCAGCUCCUCAAGAACCUGAACCCGUCGGGACUGAGGGAACGCGAGCUGCAGGAGAACCUGCAGCGCUUCCUGGGCCUGGAGCAGCCCUUGGGCGUCAACUAUCAGCUGAAACCGGAUCCCGAGCACGACGUGGAGUUCAUGAUGCCGGAUAAGCCCAACGAUUGGAAUCCCAAGGUGGCCAAGCGGGUGGAACUGGCGCUGCUGGAGCAGCUGGAGUCUCUGGAGGACAAGGUGGCCAGUGCUUCCAUGCAGCUGAAGAACUGGCAGCUGCCCAACCGCGUCGAGAGCGAGCUGACCCUGGACUCGCAGGAGGAGAUCACCGAGGAGGACUUUGUCAGCAUGAUACCCAUGAUCCGGGAGCGGAUUAUCGAUCUGGAGGCGAACAUUGAGCGGCGCUACCUGAAGCCGCCGCUGGGCUCCCAGACGGGCGACGCCCACCUGGCGGUGAUUGCCCAGAACCAGCACACCACCACCCAGACCCAGAACUCGGCCUCCGCUGCCGCCUAUCUCCUCCAGAUGCAGCAGCAGCAGGCCCAGUUGCAACAGCAGCAGCAACAAGGAGCCGGCAAUGGCAACAAUCUGAAUGCCUCCUCCUUCAACGAGCGCACCAUGGCUCUGGCGGCGGCAGCAGCCGCCUCGGGAGUCGGUGGAGGAGCCACCCCCGGCGAAUCGGGCAGCGGAGAUCCCAACUCUGGAAAUGCCUCGCCGGCCAGCAACUGCGACAGCGAUCGGGACGAGAAGGUGGAGAACAUACCCAAGGGACUGGUCCAGUGGCGCGAUGCAGUGGCUCGGUCCCACACCACCGCCCAGCUGGCGAUGGCCCUGUACGUCCUGGAGUCCUGCGUGGCCUGGGACAAGAGCAUCAUGAAAGCGUAUGCAACAAAAAACAAGUCGAGCAAGAAGAAGAGCAGCGCCAAAAAGCAGGCAACACCAACGAGUAAAAAGCAAAGGAAAGAAAAGGAUCAUCCACCUGUGGCAUCUGCCACCAAUGGCAAGAAGAAGAAGGAUGCCACACCCAAGAAGCAACCUCCUCCGCUGAGCAUUAAAAUCAAUCUGAAGGCUUUGGCGCAGAAUGGGGGAAAUUCAAACAAAUCCUAUUAUCCUAUAGCGCAAUCCCAAUCCCAAUCCCAGUCCCAAACCUCAUCCCCAUCCCCCGCUAGCGACUCAGACUCGGACUUUGCGACACGAACGAAGAAGAGCGGCAAACGCAGACGCUCCGGCACGAAACCAAACUCUAGCAAAUAUUCCAAAUCGAAUUCCUUACAGAAUUGCCAGUUCUGCACAUCCGGAGAGAACGAGGACAAGCUGCUCCUGUGCGAUGGCUGCGACAAGGGCUACCACACCUACUGCUUUAAGCCCAAGAUGGACAACAUUCCGGACGGCGAUUGGUACUGUUAUGAGUGCGUGAACAAGGCCACCAACGAGAGGAAGUGCAUCGUUUGUGGCGGCCAUCGUCCGUCACCCGUCGGCAAGAUGAUCUACUGCGAUCUGUGCCCGCGCGCCUACCACGCCGACUGCUACAUUCCACCCCUGUUGAAGGUGCCGCGCGGCAAGUGGUACUGCCACGGAUGCAUCUCGCGUGCCCCGCCGCCCAAGAAGCGUAGCGGCGGUGGUAGCGGCAGCAGCAGCAGCAAAUCUCGCCGGGAUCGGGACCGAGACAGAGAUUCGAGUAGUAAGCGCAGAAGCGACAACAAGCCGCAGCCCAUGGAACAGAUGCAGAUGCAGCAGAUCCAACAGAUGGCUGGCGGAGGAGACUCGCAGUUGCAGCAUCAUCCACAUCAGCAGCUGAACUCCUCGCAUGACGAGUCGAUGAACUCGCUACCGGCGGCUCUGAGUCCGGCGCACUCGGUGGCCUCGGCAAACGCAUCGUUCGAUGACCAGCAUCACACCAACACCAACUCGGUCGACGGCAGCAGCAGCAGCACCCGCUUCCAGGCGGCAAUGCAUCUGGGGGGCAACCACCUGACCCAACCCACCACUUCCAACAACGGGUCAGCGGCGCUGCUCGAGGAGGCCAAUGUCGCCAAUGCCAGCAUAAUGCCCAGCUAUCCGGUUUAUCCGCCGGUUGGCGGCAACUUCUCGGCCGGAUUGGUCAAUCCCUCGCCCAUGCAGUUCGUGGCCUCCAUGUCGCCGCGCGCCGUAACACCGACGCGCACCCGAACACCCACGCCAACGCCUGCCCCGGUGCCCACUCCUCCGCCACCGCCACUGGGGUCCCUGCAGCCGCCGACGCCCCUCCUCAUGCAGGCCUCACCCACCACCGCCCUCCAUUUAUCCGCCUGCCAGUCGCCACCCCAGCAGCACCAUCAGCAGCAGCAGCAGCAUCAGCCACUGAUGACCAUGCCCUCGCCACCAGCCUUGGGAGCCGCAGGUGUCGGCGGCGUAACACAAAUGUCACCGCCGCCCAUCAAUAUCCAUGCCAUUCAGGAGGCCAAGGAGAAGCUGAAGCAGGAGAAGAAGGAGAAGCAUGCCACCAAGAAGCUCAUCAAGGAGCUAGCCGUCUGCAAGACGCUACUGGGGGAAAUGGAGCUCCAUGAGGACUCGUGGCCAUUCCUAUUGCCAGUGAACACCAAGCAGUUUCCCACAUAUCGAAAAAUAAUCAAAUCUCCCAUGGACUUGUCCACCAUCAAGAAGAAACUGCAAGAUUUAAGCUACAAAUCACGUGAAGACUUUUGCGUGGAUGUACGCCAGAUCUUUGACAACUGCGAGAUGUUCAACGAGGAUGACUCGCCUGUGGGCAAGGCGGGCCAUGGCAUGCGCAAGUUCUUCGAGUCUCGCUGGGCCGAACUGACCGACAAGCACUCCUGAUCCAGCAGCACCUAUAGCGCCACCACCGCUAGCACCGCCGUCACACAUCCCAUUGAGAUGGUCACCCUGAUUGCCGGCUCGCCGGAAGUGGAGGCCACCGAGAGCAAGGGCGUGGAAACGACACCAGCAUUAACUGAAGCAGCACAAUUUUGGUCAAGAGAUUAGAGUAGGAUUUAAGCAGAGCUUGUACAUAAAUAGGGGCUAGAGAUGAGUGGUUAGUUAGUAGUCUAGAAGCGCAGACACACUUUAAAAUAUAUAUAUAUAUAUAUAUUUAUAUAUGAUAGAUACACACAUACACACACACAUGAGAGUAUUCAACGUCCUUUGAGAGAGCUAGCUUCGAUUGAAUCUAAUCAGCAGCCAAGGCGAACAAGCAAGAAUUGUAUUUAGUUUUUUAAGAAUCCAAGGGCGGCAUCCAAUAACUAUUAGCCUACAUAAUCUACAGCUAGAAACCGUAUCGCAUAAGCAGCCAUCUACAGUAGGCACACUUGGACAGAAGGAAUUCUAAAAAAAAAAAGAUUAAAUAAAUAAAAAUUAAAAUAUUAAAUCACGUACAAAAGAAACUGUCCCCCCCAAUUUCCGAUCCGCGCGAGUCGUUCGACUGACGACCCGAUCCAUCGUUUGAACAGUAUUUUGUGCACAAAGCUGCGUCGCUUUGUUUUCUACAAUUCUAAUUCUAAACCUAAUUCUAACACUAAUUUUAACGAUUAUUUUUAAUGGUAUCAACGAAGCGCUCAUUUAAGUUUUAAAGUGUAUUUUGUACUUAUAGCAACUCUGAAAAUUGUAUUUAAAAAAAAAAAUAAGAAAAACGUAUAUUAGAGAUAGGGAUAACCCGCGAACAAUUAUACUCAAGAGGAUGAGGAUACGAGGAGGAGGAUGAUUUGUAAAUGUAAAUGAAUGAAAAUUAAAAAUUAAAUGUAUUAAAUUAUUUAUAUUCUGUGUAAAUUUUCCACAAUGUAGUUGGUAUUUUCAAUCGUACAUUUUUUCGGCAAAUCGCAAUCCAAAUACACAACUCUAAAUCAAAUCCAAAUUAAAUAUAUAAACAAUUAAAUUAAAAAAAUUAUUAAAAUGGCGAAAGUAAGAUGAUAUAUAUGGGGUUAGUUACGAAGGUGGACAUAUCCUAGCGGGAUCUAAGCGCAAAUCCAGAACCGAUCGAGGGCAGUAUUAGAGACAUUUCUGACAUUUUAGCUGCAUAUGUAUAUAGGGAAAUCCAAUAGGCCUAUACUGAUGUGAAAUAUAUACAUUACAAUAUACACCCAGAUUACACAAAGUUAGCAAAGCAAUGAUAUUUACACGAAAAACUACAUUUUUGAAUAAAAAAAAAACAAACUCAUUUGCAGUGCAGCACAAUAAUUGAGGAAAAACGAAAAUGGGGGAAGAAACAUAGAGAUGGGGAAUGAUUUUUGCAACAAAACGAUAAUAAUUUAAACAAAACACAAAAAAAAAAAAACAAUAUCUUAACAGUGACCAGAACUACCUACCUACAACUCGCAGUUG